CUGCGGUCGCUCCUCCGAAGACCCGACGAGGGAAAUAGAGACAGCGUUUAAUCCACGCAAAUUGAGCCCCUACUCCUCUUCUUUGGAGAAGGAAAUUGGCUCUUGGAGACCCGCCGUGCUCGUAUUUCGAUCAAAGAUCGCAUUUUUUUUUUCCUUCUUCUCUUUCUUCUGUCGAAUUCGAGCUUCCUUAGUUCGAAGCGGUUGUCGAAUGAACUCCUGAUUUCUCUCUGUCCCCCCCUAUUCGAAAUACCCUGAUGGAAUGUAGCUAAGCUCCGGAGCUGUCCGCCGAUAACGCCGCAAGAAAGGAUUGCUGCCUUGUCGUACGGCCGCAACGUUGGGUACUGUUGUGGCGGGUGGAGCCGUGGAUCGAGGAUUGCGGGCUGCGGAUCUUGUGAGAUAACUCGCCGCUGGCCUUUGAUCGAGCUCCGGAUGUCGAGAAGUCGCCCCUGCUCGCUUUCUUUUUCCGGAGAUCCUUGAAAAGAGUCGAGGAGCGAGUCCGGCUCGACUCGGUGACUCGCUCGCGUCUCGCCAACCAACAGAGGCUUCAAAUCUCGAGGAGGAAACCACCAUCUUUUUCCUGUUUCUUUUUUUUUUUUUGUUCCUUUUGGUAUAGCUUCGGAGAACGAGAGGUCAAAGCUGGGAAUGUCUUCGGCCGCAAGGCUUAGAAAACUAAAAGCACAAAAAAGAUAGAAGAUUCUUCAAUAUAACAAGUGACAAAGAAAGAGGAAAUCUUAUUUAGAGCAAAAGAAAAGCUUCGAAGAAUCUCCAAAAGGCAUCUAACAAAGCUCUCAAUUAUUUGAGGUUGCGCGCUCGUAUACUUGCUUGUUGCGCCUACCGCAGUACCUGUUCGACACUGGUCUUUGGAGUUGAGCUCUCUUUAGAGAUCUCCAAUCUCGAAAAGACCUCGUCUUUCUUGUGCUUGCUGUUGUCCGGAUAUAUGAAGAAAGGAGCACCGGAAUUUGGGAGCGCACAACGGAAAAGGUGCGCUCUGUGGUAGCUGGUGGAGAGCCUUUCUCUUUGACUGCCGGUGUUCGAGAGAUGAUACCUGUGACUUCUUGCAAGGAGGGGAAGAUGGGGAUCGAUCAGGGGAAGUAUGUCCGGUACACUCCGGAGCAGGUAGAGGCUCUCGAGAGACUAUACCAUGAAUGUCCCAAGCCGAGUUCACUUCGGCGGCAGCAGCUCAUUAGGGAGUGCCCCAUCCUCUCCAACAUUGAGCCGAAGCAGAUUAAAGUUUGGUUUCAGAACAGGAGGUGCCGAGAGAAACAGCGAAAGGAAUCUGCACAGCUUCAGACCGUCAACAGGAAGCUGACAGCAAUGAAUAAGCUUUUGAUGGAAGAAAACGAUCGGUUACAGAAGCAGGUCUCUCAGUUGGUAUACGAGAAUGGCUACUUCCGUCAACAGACGCAAAAUACUGCAUUAGCGACAACAGAUACAAGCUGUGAAUCAGUGGUGACGAAUGGUCAGCACCAUUUGACACCUCAGCACCCGCCAAGGGAUGCUAGCCCUGCUGGAAUUAUAUCCAUCGCAGAGGAAACUUUAUCAGAGUUUCUAUCAAAGGCUACCGGAACUGCUGUUGAGUGGGUCCAAAUGCCUGGGAUGAAGCCUGGUCCGGAUUCCAUAGGAAUCAUUGCUAUCUCACAUGGUUGCACUGGUGUAGCAGCACGAGCUUGUGGCCUGGUAGGCCUUGAGCCUACAAAGGUUGCAGAAAUCCUGAAGGAUCGGGUAUCGUGGUUUCAUGAAUGUCGAUCUGUGGAUGUCAUUAACGUACUGCCAACUGCAAAUAAUGGAACCAUUGAGCUGUUGUACAUGCAGGUCUAUGCACCAACAACAUUGGCACCUGCUCGUGACUUCUGGUUGGUGAGAUAUACAUCAGUUCUUGAAGACAGAAGUCUCGUUGUCUGUGAAAGAUCUCUCACUAGCAUGCUAGGCGGCCCAAGCAUGCCCCUGGUGCAACCUUUCGUCAGGGCAGAAAUGAUGCCUAGUGGCUACUUGAUAAGACCAUGUGAAGGUGGUGGGUCUGUUAUUCACAUUGUUCAUCAUUUGGAUUUGGAGCCAUGGAGUGUGCCUGAAGUUCUAAGGCCACUGUAUGAAUCAUCUAUUGUGCUUGCUCAGAAGACAACACUGGCGGCUUUACGCCAUCUAAGGCAGAUCGCACAUGAAAUUUCUCAUCCUUCCAUCUCUGGAUGGGGCAGACAACCUGCAGCUCUAAGAGCUCUUAGUCAGAGGUUGAGCAGGGGUUUCAAUGAAGCUGUUAAUGGGUUUGCAGAUGACGGGUGGUCUAUGGUCACUACUGAUGGCAUUGAUGAUGUUACUGUUUUUGUAAACUCAUCUACUAGCAAAAUGAUGGGUUUAAAUCUUGGUAUUAUAAAUGGAUUUGCAUCAACAAGCAGUUCUGUUCUCUGUGCAAAGGCAUCCAUGCUUUUACAGAAUAUAUCUCCACCAAUGCUCCUAAAGUUUCUUCGGGAGCAUCGAUCAGAAUGGGCAGACAGAAAUAUUGAUGCCUACUCUGCUGCAGCUGUCAAGGCCACUCCCUGGGCUUUACCUGUAUCUCGCGCUGGAUGCUACGGUGGCCAGGUCAUACUACCUUUGGCUCACACACUUGAUCAUGAAGAUUUCUUAGAGGUAAUUAAGUUGGAAAACUUUGGCCAUAAUCAGGAAACACUCAUGCCCCAAGAUCUGUACCUGUUGCAGCUCUGCAAUGGAGUAGAUGGGAAUGCUUUUGGUACCUGUUCUGAGCUUAUAUUUGCCCCAAUAGAUGCAUCUUUUGCUGAUGAAGCUCCAUUAUUGCCUUCUGGUUUUCGUGUUAUUCCUCUUGACUUUAAGAUGGAUCCUACCAGUCCCAAUCGCACCUUGGACCUUGCUUCUGUUCUUGAGGUUGGACCAACAGGCAGUCGAGCAUCUAAUGAUUAUUCAGGCAAUUGUGGCAGCACCAAAUCUGUAAUGACUAUAGCAUUUCAGUUUGCUUUUGAGAGUCACCUCCAAGAGAAUGUGGCGUCCAUGGCUCGACAAUACAUUCGCAACAUCAUAGCCUCUGUCCAGAGGCUUGCCUUAGCUCUCUCACCUUCAUGCCUUGGUUCUCAUGUUGACCUCCGGAUACCACCAGGAAAUCCCGAAGCCGUCACACUUGCUCAUCGGAUUUGUCACAGCUACAGGGCUCAUUCAGGAGUAGAACUUGUAAAACCAUCUACUGAUGGUAAUGACUCUCUUUUGAAGAUGCUAUGGCAUCAUUCAGAUGCAAUCGUUUGCUAUUCUAUGAAGACUAUUCCAGUUUUCACGUUUGCCAACCAGGCUGGUCUUGACAUGCUAGAGACUACACUGGUUGCUUUGCAGGAUAUCACCUUGGAGAAGAUUUUUGUUGACGAAGGAAGGAAGACCCUUUGCACAGAAUUCCCUCAUAUAAUUCAACAGGGUUUUGUUUGCUUCCAAGCUGGCCUGUGCAUAUCUAGCAUGGGUAGGCCUGUUUCCUAUGACAGAGCAGUCGCAUGGAAAGUGCUCGAUGACGAAGACAAUGUCCACUGCAUAUGCUCCAUGUUUGUAAACUGGUCCUUUGUUUGAACAUAUUCUUUCCGAUGAGAAAAAAAGAUGCCCUGCAUAGUUUCUUUCUUUUGUUUUUUGUUUUUCUUUUGUUUUUGUUAAUAUUGCUGUUUACAUUAAGCAAACUUAAAAAUGUUCAAUUUUCUGGA